AACUCUACAGCUACACGGAAGGAGCCGAAUUUGCCCUCAACAGGAAAUGCUUUGAGGAAGACUUCCGGGUGCAAGCAAAGGGCCAGCAGUGGUCAGAGCUGGACCUGACCCAGCAGAAGACCUACGUGAUGCGGCUCCUGGAUGGGCUGGAGGUGGUCAGCAGGGACCAAAGGCUGAAAGUCGCUCGGGCCGUUCUCUAUUUGGCACAAGGUGUCUUUGGAGAGUGUGACACAGAAGCGGAUGUCCUCUACUGGGCGCGACACAACAGUUUUUUGCUGUACCAAAUGGGGACGUUCACGGCGUUUCUGGAACUGCUCAACAUGGAAGUGGCCAACACCGAGGCACGUAGCAGCGCCUUAAGAAAGCCGGCGAUCUCUUUAGCAGACAGCACCGAACUCAGGGUGAUUUUGAGCGUCAUGUACCUGAUGGUGGAAAACGUCCGGCUGGAAAUGGAGACCGACCCUCCAAAGUGGACGGCGUCCCGAGAUAUGUUCAGGGCUGAGCUGAGUUAUCCGAUCCACAGCGAAGAACCCUUUGGGCUCCUGUUGUUUACGAUGGUGACCAAAUUCUGCAGCGAGCAUUCUCCACAUUUCCCCAUGAAGAAAGUCCUGCUUCUACUCUGGAAGGUCCUUGUGUUCACGCUGGGUGGCUUCGAUACCCUUCAAGCGACGAAGGUGAAGAAGCGCGAGGAUCUGGGCCUGCCGCCACUGCCUGAAGACAGCAUCCAGGUCAUGCGUAACAUGCGGGCAGCCUCCCCUCCCACCUACACCGCCGAGUUGGGGGAGCAGCUGCAGCCCCCGGUGCAGAAACGUGGACAUCGGAGUCGAAGGCCGCUGAUGAAGCAGGACAGCCUGGAUAUCUACAACGAGAGGGACCCCUUCAAGAACGAGGAGGCCGUGGGGGAGGAAGAGGAACCCGAUGACCUGGAGGGUGGCCUGGAAGGCGAGCUGGACCUCUUGGAAAGGGGCACCGCCGUCCAAGCCGAGCCGGUUCCAGGCCCACCUGCGGAGAAGGUCUCCUUCCCAAAGGGCCUUCCGUGGGCCCCCAAAGUCAGACAGAAAGACAUUGAACAUUUCCUGGAGACCAGCAGGAACAAAUACAUUGGAUUCACACUUGGGCAAGACACGGAGACCUUAGUCGGCUUGCCGUGCCCAAUCCAUGAAAGCGUGAAGACUCUGAAAGAGCACAAAUAUAUCUCCGUCGCCGAAGUGCAGAUGAAGAAUGAGGAAGAAAUGGAAAAGUGUCCCAUCUCUUUGGGGGAAGAGGAAGUGCAGGAGACGCCGUGCGAGAUCCUUUAUCGGGCCAUGCUGUACAACCUGCCUCAGUACAUGAUAGCCCUGUUGAAGAUCCUGCUAGCUGCAGCCCCAACUUCAAAAGCCAAGACCGACUCAAUCAACAUCUUGGCAGACGUGUUGCCGGAGGAAAUGCCGGUGACCGUCCUCCAGAGCAUGAAGUUGGGGAUCGACGUGAACCGACACAAAGAAAUCAUCGUCAAGAGCAUCUCCGCUUUGUUGCUGUUGCUCCUGAAACAUUUUAAGCUGAACCAUGUUUAUCAGGUGCGAAUUAAAGAGUAUUUUGUUCACAUUGUAUGA